GAUACAUCCAUGUUUGGUGGAGCCUCCCCGUCACUGGGCUUGUCAUCGGCUACUUCACCAACUGGCUGGCCAUCACGAUGAUCUUCCGGCCAGUGCAGCCGCACAUCGUCUGCUGCGGUUAUGUGAACUGCCAGGGGGUGUUCCUCAAGCGACAGCAGGAGGUUUCCAGGGAGCUGGCCACAAUGAUCUCAACGAAGCUGAUCCAUGCGGAGAGGAUUCUCUCCUACGUGGUAAAGUCUGAAGGUUUCCAGCAAGUGCUCGACAUCUACCAGAC